AUGGGAGCCUCGUCAUCCAAGCUCGAAGGUGUCACCAAUGAUUUCGAGAUGGUGGUCCGUGUUGCCAAAGAACUCGACAGAGUCUUGGCGAGGGACUUUGGACUGUCGGAACAUCGACAGCUGGGCGAUAAGAUCCAAGCUUUGAAAGAGCAGGGGGGUGUUUCUGCACGCACCAUCAUGAACAUGAGGACCCUCGUCCACUGGAGGAAUACGCUAAUCCACGAUUAUGAUUGCAGUGGCCUACAAGACUUGAAUACCAGUCGAUAUAAAUUCCAAUGCCUCUACGCUGAGACACAACGAGAGCUGGCCAGUGUCGUUGCUGCUAAGCAACGGGAGCUUGUAAUCUACCGUACCGAUACAACCACAGCUGAAGCACCGAGCGGUUGGGCACUGCUUGGAGCCGCCGUUGCCGUGGGUGUCGUCUCAUAUGCCCUCGCUGCUGCAGACGAAGGAGAAGAGGAAAAGAGAAAGGAACGCCGCCGUCGACAGAAACGCUCGUCGUAUCAUUACUAG